AUGCACAAUAAAACACGUGUGGUUAUAUACAAGGGAACUAUUUACAAAUAUAAAACUCAUCAUCCACAAUAUAUAGAAAUUAUAACUCAAUUCAAUGAUAAAAAUUCAUAUUUAAUUAUUUAUCAAUCUAAAUCUAAAUGGAAAUCUAAAUUUAAUUCGAAUACUACUAAUUGGAUUAUUCAAAAAUUUUUAUUACAUCAAUUUAAUGAAAAUAAACAAACUAAUCAAAUUGGAAUAGAUUCAACAGGACCAACAACAACAACAAGAUCAACGAAUAUACCAUCCAAUACUACUACUAAUACUACUCAUACUAAUACUAGGACUACUAACACUAAUACUACUACUACUGCCAAUACUAACACUAAUACUACUACUACUACUACUACUGCCAAUACUAACACUAAUACCAUUACUAAUACUAACACUACUAUUAGUAGUAAUAGUAAUACUAAUACUACUAAUACUAACACUACUACUACUACUACUACUGCCAAUACUAACACUAAUACUCCUAUUAAUAGUAAUAGUAAUACUACUAAUACUAACACCAGUACUACUACUACUACUAAUACUACUUCAUUGAAUUUAAUUAAUGAUUAUUUAAAUGAUAAUGAUUCUAUAAAACAAAAAACGAAUUCAAUUAUUGAAUCAUUAAAUGAUUUAUUUUAUGCAACAAUAUUAUAUAGAAAUAAUAAAUCAAAUUAUCAUUUAUCAUUUAAAUUAUCUAAAACAAAAUUCAAAUGGUUACAUAAUUAUUCAAAAAAAUCAAUGAAUUCUAUUCAUCAUUCAUUAUCAUUAUCAACAGGAUCAUCUUGUCAUUCUGUAAAUAAUUAUUCAUCAUCAUUUAAAAAAUCCUACAAAAGCAAAUCAUGUAAAUUAAUUCAUUCUAAUUCACAACCAAUUGAUUCAACUGUAUCUAUGAUUUCUAAUUUAUGUAUAUCUAAUGAGUUAAAUACAAGUCAACAAAUGUGUACAAAGAAUCAACCUAAAUAUACUACUACUACUACUACUACUACUACUAAUAAUAAUAAUAAUAAUAAUAAUAAUGAUAAUAAUAAUAAUAAUAAUAAUAAUUUUGUCAAUGAUACAUCGAAUAUUCUACUUGGUUUAUUUCUGGAAUCAGGAAAACACUUUAUAUUUGAAUUUAAUACAAUACAUGAAAGAAAUUUAUGCUUAGCAUCAUUAAAUAAAAUUAUUACUAUGAAUAAACAAAUGAAUGCUUAUCCAGAUAUUGAGUUUGCAUGGUCUGUUAAUGUUCAUUUUAAACCAAAAGAUUAUACAAGUGCCUGUUUAAUUCCAAACAAUAAUGGAUCACAUUACUUAUGUUUAACUUGUACAGAAAUACUUUUAAUUCAAGGAAAUUUACGUAUACCGAAAUUAAUUAUUUUAUAUCGAUUUGUACGUCAAUGUGUAUCACGUAGAGAUGGUCAAUUUCGUAUUUAUACUGGUCGUGCAUCACCAAUUGGUGAAUGUGAAAUUAUAUUUCAAUUAGCUGAUCAUACAGAAGCAGUAUAUGUACAUGAACAAUUUACACGACUUAUGCAUCAGGCUAGUGUAAAUACACCAUCAUUAUCAUUGUCUUCAUCAUCUUCAUCUUCAAAUUCUGGAUGGAAUCGAUUUGGUUAUAGUCAGAAUAAUUUACCUCCAUUGCCAAGACCAAUUUCAUUAUCUCAAAAUAAUCCAUUAUUAUCUGAAGUGAAUUUCCAACCAAUAAAACGCUUAACUCGUUCCAAGUCUAUAUCCAUCAUUUACAAUAAUAAUGAUAAUAAUUCUAUGGACAAUGAAAAGAAUAAUCUCAUAGACGACGACAAGAAGAAGAACCAUUCCAUGAACAAUAACAACAAGAAGAAUAAUCUUGAUUAUAAUGAAUGUAACAUACUAAACUACAAGAAAAAUGUAUCACAUCAAUCAUGUCCGUUAUUAUUAUUAAAUACUAUCAAAGAUAAUUACUUCUUGGAUCAUCAUGAUCAACAAUAUUCAAAAGAAAUAAAAUCAAUACAAAAUGAUCAUAAUGAUACUAUAAUAAUCAAUAAUGAAAUAAAAGAAAUUAAUGACAACCCUACAUCUCAUUAUUUGGAAAUGAAUUUAUGUGAUAACAAUAUCAAAGAGGAUAAUAAGAAUUCAGUUAUUCUUAGAAAUCAAUCUAUAUUACAUAAUCGAAUCAAAGCAUUUUCUACAUGUUCACCAUUAGAUUUAAUAUUUACAUCAUCUCAAUUAUUUAAUGAAAUAGUAUCAUUCAAAAAAGUAUUAUGUCCAACUAUUCAACAACCACAACAAUCAUCAUCUUCAUCUAUAUCAAAUAGUAAUAUUAUUAUUAGUCAUCGUGAUAAUAAUGAUCUAUUUGCACAAUUAUUCUUUGAAAAACCACUCAAUCCAUAUUCCUUAUCAUCUUCAUCUUCAUAUGUUAUUGGAAAACAAAAUCAAUUAUCUUCAUUAACUUCAUUGCAUUAUUCUAAUCAAAGUCAAUCAACAUCAACUAGAUCACAUAAUAGUUUGUUUCAUAAUAGUAAUAAUAAUAAUAAUAUUCAUAAUAAUAGUAAUGGUAUUAAUACUACUUGUAAUAGUAUGAGUAGUAGUUUAUCACCUAUGAUGAUAACAACUUCUAGUGGUUCAUCUAUAUUUUUUAAUUGUGGUAAUAGUAUUCAUGGUGGUAAUAGUAAUAGUAAUAGUAAUAGUAGUAGUACUAGUAGUACAAAUGUUAGACCAAGAACAUCAAGUGAUGUUAGUAAUAUGCGUAGAUCAUAUUUCUAUCAUUCACGUGUACAUUAUCCUCAUCAUCUUCAACAACACCAACAUCAACAACAAUCAACUAUGAUGCAAACUCAUUAUCUUCAUCAUUCACAACAACGUCAGGAAUAUUCUCCUCGUCCUUUAAGUACCAUCGAUUAUCAAACAUCACAGAAUAUGAUUUCUAAUUUAAAAUUAAGUAGAGAUUUAAGUAGUAUUAAUGAAUUAUUACCAGUGAAUAAUUCAAGUAUUAUAAAUCCAAUUAGUAGACCACGUGCAGCAACUACUGGAUCGAAUUUAUUAUUAAAUAAACAACGUUUAUCAAUAGUAUUAAAUCAUUUAAAAAUGAAUUGGUUUAAAAAACAAUCAAAUAUGAAAAAAAUCACUCAUCACAAUUUAGCUACUACUAAUUAUGCUACUAAGUAUAAUGUUAGUAGUAUAAAUGAUAAUACGAAAAAAAUGAAUGAAGAUCAACAUGAUGAUGGCAAUGAUGAUGAAUAUGUUGAAACAUUUCCUAUGAAUAUGAAUAUAUUAUCGAAUAAUUUAAAUUCAUCAACAUUACAAACAAAUCUAUUACCAAAUUUAUCAAAUCAUUAUAUGAUUUUAUAA